CGCGUAGACACACACACACAUGCAACAUGUACACUUCUGACGCGAUGCACUGACACAAACACACUAACACUGUCACACACACUCACACAUUGCAAGAACUAUGAUAUGACAACUGUGCCAACGUUCUGCUCUGCUUCGGCGCGCUGGACAGUGUUUCCGGCCGACGGUUACUUCUGUGGUUCGAAGACGAGAGAGGAGAGAUCAAAGCUUGAUCUUGAUCAAAACCUAACGGCCAUACUCACGCUGUUUAAGUUGUGCCUUAGAGAACUGCUCUCAACAUCGCCUGUUCAACUAAUUCCUAGGUUUAUCAAGAUGGGCGCAAAUAUUCAUGAAUCUGGACACAUAAGUUGGGGUGCUGUGGGUGAAGACUUUGAUACCAUGAUGUCAAAGCUUAAAGACGAGAACUCUCAACUCUCGUCACAGGUUACAUCCUUCAAAACCGAGAUAAUGCAGAACGGAUUACUGAUAGGAGCUCUAGCAACUGAACGUCAAACACAGGAUUUAAAUGGUGCUGAACUGAAAAGUAAAAAAGGGCUAGCAGAAACCAAACAUAAAUCACAAUUAGAGUUAGUGGAAAAACUAAAUUCAGAAAUAGAAGAUUUCCUAGAACAACGAUUUUCCAUCUUGGACCAGUUAGAUCGUGAUGUAGCAAUUUUGUCCAAUCGUUUUCUAACUGCAGCUGACCGCUAUCACAUAGAUAAAAUAUCUGCUGAUAUUAUGAGCAGUAGUGAGGAAAUCCUGAAGAUUGAAGAUCAAGUCAAAGCUGAAUUCAAUCCUGAAAUUUCAAAACUUGAUAACAUAAUUGAAAAUGAGCCUGUAGCAAUGAUAGACCUUUAUGGUCUUUCACCAAGAGCGUACAGAGCCAGUGAAUUAAGCAUUCAUGUGUCAAGCACUAAAAAUAAUGCUGAAAACCUCAAGCAAAUGAAUGAGGGUUCGAUGCAGAAGAUAGAAGAGCUAGAGAAGAAAGACUCGCUGUUGAUUACAAAUGAUAGUGAUCAGUGAGGAUGACAAAA